CUCUCAGCCUGAGACUCCUGCUGGCGCGCGUGCGCUGGAAGCCCCGCCCCUUUAUAGUCUCUCAGUCUGAGAUUCCUGCUGGCGCGCGAUUGGUUUAUUAUUGUAAUAGCGCUUAUUCGCCGUAUGCACGCGCUUCUAAAAAAAAAAAAAAAAAAAAAAAAAAAAAAAAACCAACUCGCCCCAGGCAGCAAAUACACAGCGGAUUUCCUCCAUUUACGCAUGCGGUGACGCUGGAAAAUGAGUGAUUCCGAGAAGCAGACUAUUUCUGUGAAGGAAAAGGACGGAGUGGAGAAGAGGGGACGAGGAAGACCGAGAAAACAUCCGAAGGAGUCCAGUGGAUCUCCGGUUCCGAAAAGGCCGAGAGGGCGGCCAAAGGGCAGCAAAAAUAAAGGACCUUCCAAGAAAAAAGCGGGAUCAUCUUCAGAAAAGAAGUUAAAGGGGAAGCCCAAGAAGGAGGAAAAAGAGGCAUCCCAGGAGUCCUCUGAGGAAGAAGAGGAUGAAGAUGAGGAACAGUAACUACCUCGUCCUUGGCACUACCUCAUAAUGACACAGCCUGGCACCACUAAUCUACAGCCUCUAACAACAGGAUGUCGUCCGCUCAGCCACCUCUGUGGGACUGACAUAAUUAUCAUGUCUAUAACAAUCUGUUACAUGUUAAAAAGAAAAAAAGUGGAAUAAUUUUAGAAUCUGUGAAUUAGGCUGCAUAUAAGUGUUUAGUCCAUUAAUGGUGCUUACUUGGUGCUUUUCUAUUUUUUUGUUUCGGUUUGCUUUUUAUGUACUUUGUGACGUGGAAGGUCAGGGGGGAUAUAGAAUUAGAAGAAAUCUGUUCUGACUGUGUUGUGUAGUGGUCCUAUAGUUUUAGUGUAGGGCUUUCUGCUUAACUGCAGCUGAAUUUUUUUAUUUUUUUUUUUAAUUUUUUUUUUAUUAUUUUUUUUUUAUAUAAAAACACCCCCUGCACUGACUAGAUUUUAUCUUAUUAGAUUGCCUUUAUUAUACAUGUUGAUGUGUGAAGGCUAGGUGAGUGUAUUUUGCAAGAUAAACAGAUAAACAUUUAGAUGAAUUUGAAUACACAAUUUUCAGUCUUUCUCACUCUGGUGUAAUAGUUGAGUAGCUGAUAUAGAUGUCUGAUUCUCAUUGCAAGUACAUUCCAGUAGCAAUUUUAACACACUUGUGACUAAUUUAUUGUGGACUGUUCCUCAUACAUCUUUUCGUUAUUUCGUUAUUGACAGUCUUGCCUCUUUUUUAUGUAACUUUUACCAACAGGUCACUUUUCUAGGUCAAAGAAAAGUACACACAGGCAGACAAGUCUUUAUCUCUGGUCAGCAUUAAACAAAAGAAGAUACUUUACAGUUGUACAUUUAAGGAUCCACCUGAAUACUUCUGGGAGUUUACAGAGAACACCUGUGAAAUAAUGCACAUUUGAGCAGCUAUACCUCAGUACCGUGGCUUGUGCUUGUAACAGGUUUGCAUAUAUUGUCCGAUCAGAUGACAUGAGACUGUCAUUUGGAUUACUUUAGUCGGAAUAACUUUUUACUCUGCAUCACCCAUCCCAUCUGUCCACAUUCUCUGAACCAUAGCAACAAUAUGCAUCAGCCACCUCAGGAAUUACAGUACAGGCGACCGACCAAGUAGUGUUCAGAUAUCACUGAUAACUUCUGUAUAGAAGGUGUUCAUCAUUUCUGUGGAAAACAACCUUUGCUCUGUACCUAUUUUUAACGCAGCUGAGGAAUUGUCUACAAGCUCUUUUAGGCUUAUACCACGUUUGUUGAUGCCGCAAAUACCUAUUUAUUUCACGUUUAAUUGAGAAUUCAGUUGUAUCUGUGUAGCAUGUUGUGUUGUUAAUAAAGUAUACUUUCUCA